AUUUUAGCCUUGCAAUUAAUAGUUCAGACAAUUCUAAGACACUGUUCCCUUGCAAAUAAUUUAUAUAUGCAGUUAAGAGGUUAGGUUAGGUUAGGUCAGGUCUGGUCUGGUCAUUUGCGAGGGAAACAUCAUAGAAGAAAAUAGUCUUAGAAUUGUCUGAACUUGAUUGCAAAGAUAAAAUUCUUGGUCAGUUUAUAGCAGUGCACCGUUCUUUCUUUGGGUAUUGGAAAUAUGUGUAAAAAACACAGAAAAUCACCAAAAACCAACCAAACGUAACGUAACAUAACCCAACCUAACCUAAUCAGAGGGGUCCAGGGGUCAGAGCCCCCUUAUUAGGUUAUGUUAGAUAAAUCGGUGUACUAAAAUAAAAAGACCAAAUUCUCGACAUUCAGUGGGUGGCAACUUAUACAAAUUUGCCAGUACAAUACUGUACUUUUUAGGGAUAAUACUACAAUGGAACCCCUAGUAGAUGCUCUAUUAGUUUCAUCCCUAAAUGCUGGUGCUGAAUGUAUCCAGGUUUAUGAUGGUGCAACUGGAACUCAGCUGAAGAGUUACCGAGGACUCCCUGUUGCACGCUCUACAUUAUGCUUGGUAGGAAAGGGAGCUCAUAUAGUGACUGCUCAGAGGGAUAAACCUUUCCUACAGGCUUGGGCCAUCCACCAUCAUGAGGCACUACAGAUAAGGCUUGUUGUCCCAGGAAGAGUUGAUGCAAUGGCAGUUAAUUCCACAGGGCCUAAAUACUGUAUCAUUGGUAUUAAGGAAAAAUUGUACGUAUACAAGUUAUUAUCUGGUCGCCUGAUUGGGGUUUCCACCCGUCAUUAUCAGCCAAUCACCCAACUGAUAUUUACUCCAUGUGGUAACUACUUUGCCUCUGGAGGAGAGGAUGGGUUUGUCUAUCUUUGGAGCUUGGCCAGCUUUAUUGAAGCCUUGCAUAAACAUGAUGCUCCUCAGGUGCAACCACAUUUCAUCCUUGGUCAACAUUCUGAUAAGGUAACAGGCCUGGCCAUGCCAUUAUCAGGCAUGAAGGGAUUCCUGGUGUCAUCAUCAUUGGAUCAUACUGCUCGACUGUUUGAUUUGUUGACUGGACGUUCCAUGUACAACCUUGUUACUGCUAGUGAUGUAACCACUGUGGCUUGUAACAGCUUAGGAUCACAAAUAUUUUUGGGUCACUCUGAUGGUACUGUUAAUGUAGUGAACCUGUUACCAGCUCCUCCUCAUGGGGAUGUUCAAGUGAGUAGUAAGGGAGUUGAAUGCCACCCAAAACCUGUGCGAUGUUUAGCUGUUACAGCCUCUGGUAAUCGUAUUGUCUCUGGGGGAGAUGACGGUGAAGUUAAGGUGUGGUCUGUCAUCAAUAAGGCUGCAGGAUUUAUUGGAAAUACCAAAGCUCAUGAUCCACACUUGGCUUUACAGAGGGUAGUCCAUAAUGGCCGUGGGCCCAUCACUAACUUGUCCUUGUUGCACAUUCAUAGAGAGGCUCUAACAGCUACAGAAGUAGACUCAAAGGAGAUUAUUGCCCCAUUCAGUCAAGACCAUUCUUCCCCAUUAGAUGCACCCAUAAUUGUACCAAUUCGAGGACGGGGAAAGGAGCAUCACCAACAAUUUGAUUUGUUUAAUUUUUCAUCAGGAUUAAGUGCCCUACAAAAUACAGGAGGAGAGGGAAUGUCAGAGCUCAGUAAUGAUCAUCAGAGCAGUAUCAACCAACUUCAGGCAGCUAAUACACAGCUCUUCAAGUUUGCCCUCAAGCAUAUCAUUGAUGAAGAAAGGGACUUUUAAAUAACAGUUCCCACCCAGUGUGUUAUCUGAUGAUACUUUUCCAUUAAAUUUACAUUAAUACUUUUUUUUUUCACACCAUCAUUUGUUUGCUACACCUCACUAUUCACAGGUAAGUUUAUAUCCUUUGGCUACAACUUUCAACUUCAGUAACAACUUUCAGAAUUAUGGCUUAUUUUGCCCUUACAAAUUAUAAGAUUUUAUAAAAUGUAAGGGACACCUUCUACAGUAAUACCAAAACAUUCUUUAUGAUGUCGCACCUCAAUUGGAUGCCACGAAGAAAAUAAUAGGUUUUAAGGGGAGUUCAAUUUUCUUCCUUUCUCUCUUCCUUGAGCUGGGGCUACCAGCAAUUGAAACAUCCUAAAUAAUAUUUUAACACAGUCAAACUACUUUCUCCCAAAUACCAUUCUAUCACACCUGAUGUUAUUCCAUAAAGUUUCGGGUCACGUCACAUUCUACUGUGUACAUUAGUAUUGGUCUCUAUAUUCUCUUUUGAUUCAUAUUGCAGUUACAGUCGGAAACCAUAAUCUCUCGCCCAGUUGGGUCGGUGCUGGAGGUUAGUACAGUACAGCGUCCUUUCUGGAUGGGGGGCCCACUCUAACUAUCACGAGGUAACACACACACGAACACACAGUCCUCUUGAUAGUUAGAGUGGGUCCCCAUCCAGAAAGGACGCUGUACUAACCUCCAGCACCGACCCAGGUGGGCUAGAGAUUAUGGUUUCCGACUGUACAUAACGUUCAAACUCACCAUGCUAGUGGGUAGCGCCACAGAAAACAUAAACAUUUGGAAGGGGUAAUUCAUAUGCUGUAUGUUGUUUUAUACGAAUCAUACCAGUGUCCAUGCAUAAAAUCUUAAGUAUGUACAGUAUACUGAUAGUAUUAACGGAGAACUCAAGGUACCUAUAAGUUGAUUAGGAAGUGCUCAAUUGAUACGGACUAGUGAUUAUAAUGGAUAAGUGUGACCGUGUCUGAAGGUCAUGGUAUUUACGUCUGUGUACGAUUAGUAAACAUGGUUACCUAAGGUAUCAGAUGAAAAUAUAUGAGAACAAUGAUUUGGGAAAAGGAUGAAUGUAUCAGACAUAAGUGAAGUGUUGGAAGUGACCCAUAAACUAUACUCCAAGAAAAAUAUCUUAUGUACCUUGGUGUGAGCUUAAUACACAUAGUUACCCCAUGUGACGAACAGUGUAAUGGUUUGUGAAUUUUUUGAACAUGUUAAACAAUUGCAAAGUGUGGGGGAAUGUAGCAUACAUACAGAAUAAGGCAUAAAGUAACUAUAUAGAAGAAAGUGUAUGUGUGGGGGCCAGAAUAAAGAUAUGGUGAUUUGUAAGCAUUAGCACCUGUAGGCCUAGUCGGCGUGAGACGCUGGCCAUCGCCAUCAAUGACGCCCAGCAUCUUAUAUGCGCAGGUCAGUACCAGCUAGUGUUAUGUCAUGAGUACUUAAAGAGGCAUAUCUAGCAUUUUAUAUACAUCUUAAAGCUUUGCCCAAUGUUAUUGUUAAUAUAAUAAGUUAAUUAAUAGGUUUUGUAAUGUUGUUUGUUAAUACAAGAGCCGGACGUUAA